UGUUCGCUCCUACCAAAUCUUAUUAACGAGCCUACAAAAAAUUUUCAGUCCUGUUUAUUGGUCAACUUUUUGUGACGCUCGAAAUUUGCCGCUGUCAUUGUCUUGUCUUAAAUUGAGUACUUCCAUUUCUGCUUAAUUGCAGGCUUUACCAGUGUGGAGAAAUAGUAGUGUCAUGCCAGGUUACGCGAAUAACUUUUCAAAACAACCUAAACGGAAAAGGUCAAGAAGUAGAAGUGGCGGUUUUGACAGUAAACAGGACGACCUGAAUUACGUGGAUGAAGAAAGUGACUUAUCUUCUGUUGAUGAACAUUUAAAUACAAAUGAUUUUGGUAGCCAUAAUGUGUCCUCACCGCGACAUUCGCUUGCAUCACAACAAAAUGAAACUGGUGCUCAUACCUCACACCCAAGGAAAAGGGGUAGACCAAAGGUGAACCACUCUUCCGCAAGCCCUGCUCAUGUCAAAGAAGAGUCAACUAGCAGCGAUAAGCCAAGCCAACAACAUGCUUAUGGGUCACCUUCAGCUUCAACAGCAACGACAACUGGAACAAACGGUUAUGAGAGUGAUAAAGAUGAGAUAGGUGAAACUAAAGUGGAUAAAUUUGGCCGACUACAAGGAGGACGUGAAUACAGAGUACCUACUUUUACUCUACCAACAAGGGAUGACACAUUGUUUAUGUUCUCUAAAGAUCCAGCAGCGCUAUUAGGGUUUCGUGAUAGUUUUGUGUUCUUGAAAAAGAAUGUAAAAUUACAAAAAGUGCACAUUGACAACAAUGAGAAGGGCCACCUUGUCGAUUCAAAUCUAUUAAGAUCAACUUUUCGCACAAGGGAAAUUUCGGUUGUUACUGCACGGUCGGUUUUUAAGCAAUUUGGACAUAGAAUUGUAAAGAGAGGACGAAAGGGAAGAGACGAUUAUUAUUACACUGAUGAAGUAGAUGAUGGUGAUGACAUUCCUUCAGAAGAUGAAUAUUACGCCAAUAACUUCUUUGAUAGUCAAAGUGGCAUCAAUAGACCUAUACCAGCCUCAUCUUUUAUACAACCAAAUCAUCAUUAUCAUCAUUCAAGCCAUCAUUACAAUUCGUCUAUAGCCUUAAGUGCUGGGGGACCCAAUAGCCUCAUUGGCAACAGUACUAAUCAUGAUUAUGGACGUAAUAAUUUAACUCACAAGUUAUCCUUAUAUGACACUCAAACAAAUGAGCUGAACUGGUUACAUAAUGCAGCUUUAUCAACCAGACAAUUUAAUACGUCAUUAUUCUCUUAUCGCAAAAAUAAUCCUACAACUUACGAUUUGUUAACGAAUGUUUAUCAGAUACCUGCAAAUAAGCAAACACUAAAGGAUACAACAGCUUUCAAUGGAAAAGAUGUUGAUCCUACUUCUAAAACGGUGACAAAUGACAUUGAUACAAACGAAGACACUAUUGAUAAUGCAAAUAUCCUUUCAUCCUCCGCAGAUCCGCAGCUACAACAGAAUCCAAGAAAUGCUACCUUUACAGCUAAUGCCACGACUAGUAACAAUGCCUCAAUGAAUAUGAAUCCUAUGACAGUUGCCCCUGAUAUGCGCACAGUGCCAAAUAUCCAACAGUAAAAGAAUAGUAUUUCCUUUCAUUUUUUUUUAUUCUAUCACA